AUGCUAUCAAUCACACUAAUAAGAUAGGAAUAACUUUUAAACUACACUUUAAAACUAAAGACCUUCUACAGCUUCAGUAUAUAAACCAUAAAUACAGCAACCUAUUUAGAAUAUUCCUUAAUCUUCAGCAUAAAAAAGAGGAAGACAAAGAUCUUAGAGCUAGAAGUGAGACUCUUUAAAUAGCAAAAGUUCUGCUGGAAAUUCAACUCACACUUAGGAUAAAAGUUUUCUAAAAUUCAAGCAAAAGAUAGAACAGUAGAGAACAGCUUACGAGAAAACAAAUAGCCACAUAUCCAGAACUUAAAUCAUUUUAAGCAGGGUUUGCUACAGCCAAACUAGAAUACUUCUACACAGAAUCAUCCAAAAAUCAAUAUAUCUUUAAGAGCUCUGGGCCAAAUAAACACUAAUCAGCCACCUACGCCUGCUCCGAUCUAAACACCACACACCUAGAGAAAUAUGUCCUCAAUGAAACCACCUCUUGAGUCAUCAUAAAAGCUCUAAAAGAUAACUUAAUAAUAAGCAAGUCAUCGACCUGCUACUGCAAACCCAAGAUCUUAGUCUGCAUCUACUUAAUAGAGCCAUGUUACUCAAAAUCUAAGUGGUGCUAAAUCAGUCAGAAACAAUAACGAUACUUCUUCCAAAAAGGGUGUAAACACUUCAACGUUGAGUUAUUAAAGCACUACAAUUUACUUGAAAUAAAAAUCUCAAAGACAUAGAAGUCUCUCAUUAGGCCAAACAAAAAAGCAAGACUCUUAAUAAGCAGCAGUUCAUAAUAUUAUACUCUCAAACUAAACACCCAAGAAUAGCAGCAAUGUAAAUAACCAAAAAGUCAGUAUAUCGAGUUGUCUUAAGAACUCUAAUAAGAGCAACGUCAGUAUAAAGCUAAGUCAGCAAAGCUUCACAAGAGUCAAUCAAAAUAAUGAUGAUUCUUAGUAAUAGCCAAUCAAAAAGCUUAAGAUUAUUAAACUGAAGAAAAAGAAGGAGGGAAAUAUCAGUGGUACUACUGACUAUCAAGAAAAAAGGGACCAGAUAAAGAUAAUCAAGGCAAGUCAAAUAUCAAGGAAUACAUCGGCUCAAAGAGAGAGUAAAACGAUUGAAGAAGUAGUCAUUCCUGACUAGCUAAAACAAAAGCUAAACAUUUUCUAUAAAAGUAAGACUGGAGUCGAGCUAUAAAAAGUAUAAAAUGCUGUGCCUUUAACAGCUAGAAAUGUGACAAGGGUAGAAUAGCCUUUUAAUAGUACAAUGAAUGCAAACAGUGUUUGUUCAACUGCAAGAAAUAUUAUCUAGCCGCCAUAAUAAAUAUUUACUUAUCCACAGUAACCUCAGAUUCAAAAGUAACUACCGACUCAAUAGUUAUUGAUAAAUCAAAAGUAGCAACAAUAAUUUUUCUCACCGGCUGAAAGAAAUAUUGUAAGCUCUCCACUCUAUAAUAACAAUGGAGUUACAAAUAACCCUCACCUUAACAAUAUGAUUCAGGUACCUCAGUCUAUAAUCUUCAAUUAAGAAUAGCAAGAGCAUGUACUACUCCAAUCAGAGCUGACUCAAAAUUCUGCCUACUCUCUUAUUUUCAAUUAGCUAUAAGAUAUGUCAGAAUCACAUGAAAAUCCAAAAGACCUAGUGAUAAAUCAUUUGUAAAAUAAUAAUAGUACAGAUAAUGAGGACUCAUAAGAUUUCAUUAAUAAUCUCAUCAAAUUCAAUGUUGACAUGCAGCAAUUUAUUCAUUAAAAAGACUAGUUGCAAUGCCAAAUAGAAAAUAUGAGAGUUGGACCGAUGCCUUAGUUCGCCAAUCAAAUGUAGUUUCAACAAUACAUGAUGCUGGAAUAAUAGAAUUAAUAAAAUAUAGGAACAAAUCAGUAGCUGAUUAAUAGCUAGACUAAUAAUAAUUAUAUGGGGACAAUAGUCAACAAGAAUUAGUAAUUUGCCCCUUAAUAGAGUAAUAAUCAGUAUUAGCAGAGAAUGCCCUAACUUGAUUUGAUUGAAUAAUUCAAUGACCCUAAAAUACAAACCAAGUCAAAUAUGAUAAGAGUAGAUGAAGAUGUCUUAAGUGACUAAUAUUAUAACAGUCCAUAAAACAAUUUCAAAAAACAUUAGUAAACUUAAAAUUCUCAGAUGAAACUAUAUGACCCACAAAUGAAUUAGUGUUAUUCUUCUAUGACUGUUAGAACGAGUGGUUUGAAUGACGAUGAAGAGGAAAUGGAGUACAGUUCAGAUGAGGGUGGGAAUCUCCUUGAAAGCUAAACAAGCAACAGUUUUAAGCCAUUAAGAAGUUGA